AUGGAUUCUAAAUGGAUGGAGGAGGAGCUGGAUGUUCUGAGGAUGGAGGCACACCAGGCCGAAAACAUGUACGAGGAUGCACUCAAGGAAAAACGGGAACUUGAGGAACAAGUACAGAAAAUGAAAUCAAUCAUCGAGGAUAAGGAAAUAAGCCGGACUGAAACACCGGAACUGUUCACCCCAACUCCUGCUGUCUCAAGCACUUUUAGUUCAAUACUAGGGAUACCAGGCACACCUGCAAACACUAGACAAACGGAGGAGACAUCCUUGGUAACCGCGAAGGAAACUAAGAAAAGUGAGGACAGAAUUAGGAAACCGAACAUUUGUCCUGACCGGUUCAGUGGAAAAGUGCCAUGGAAGGACUAUAAGGCACAUUUUCAAGCUUGUUGCGUAGCAAAUGGAUGGAAGGACAGCCAGGCUGCUGUAUUCUUAGCGGCCAGCCUUCAGGGACAGGCGUUGAAGGUGCUGGGAUGCCAACCAGAGGGGAAGGAACUUUCACUUAAGGAUCUUUUGGACAGACUAGAUCAACGUUUUGGACCAGGACAACAGGCAGAUUUCCAUCUAAUGGAGCUUCGUCAUCGUCGUCAGGGCAAGACUGAAACCCUGCAAGAGCUCGGAGCCAGUGUGAGAGAACUUGCAGCAUUGGCGUACCCGGAGUUCUCAGACAAGAGUAGAGAGAGACUGGCGAAGGGACAUUUCAUGGACGCCGUGAAAGUCAGAGAAAUCAGGGAGGGUAUUUUCCGUUCAAAGCCUGCCACCCUUGAUGAUUCGAUCAAGGCGGCGUUGCAAACACAGAGUUUCCUGCAGACAGAGGAUCGUAGGACUAGCGAUAAGGCUAGGAAGUUUGCUAGAGUACUAGAAGGCAAGGACGAAAUUACGAUGAAGGAACUGAAGGGAGAGAUAAGAGAAACACAGGAGUCCAUGGGACAAGCCUUUGGAAAAAUCCAGUCGAUGCUACAGGAUAUCAGUAAGGGUAGCCAGGAGAAACAAGUGGGUUAUGAUUCUGGACCGAGAUCUGGAAAGGGAUGGAAAGGCAGAACACAGGACGUGUGUUACAACUGCAAAGCCUCGGGACAUUUUGCUAGGAACUGUCCUGCACCAAAGAACGACAAGUGUUACAGUUGCAAGGAAAAGGGACAUAUUGCACGGGACUGUAAAGCACCCAAACGUGAACAAAACGUAGAGUCGGGAAACGACAAACAGCCUUCCCUGGGGUCCAAGGGUGGGCUGACGAUUCGAAAGGACCACAAACAAUAGGAGGAAUACCUCAGGGGAUUACACUUCCCUCAAGGGACCAAAGGAAGGGAGGACUUUAUGUGAGUGCACGUGUGAGGGGAGCAGAGACACUUAUGUUAAUAGAUACAGGGGCGACAGACACAAUAAUUUCGACGGCGGUAUACUACAAGAUACCGAAGGAACAGAGGCCAACAUUGAGCACGGAGGGAGUAGGACUGUAUGGAGCUGACGGUCACUCCAUAGAGACGAUAGGUGGAGCGUGGUUAGAGGUUCAAGUUGGGAAGACUACCUCCCCAGUGCGGGCGAUCUUUGCCAAAUUGGAGAUGGAUGGAAUCCUUGGGAUGGACUACCUCCUACCGACAAGGGGACG